GCUGCAGUGGUGGCACACAGGAUGUGUGCCAAUGCCCACCUCUGGGCUCCUCUGUGGGUGACAGAGCUGAGAGCCUCCUGCUGCUCUCGGGGGGUGGGUUGGGGUUGGUUUGCUGCUGCCCAGAGAGCCCAGCUGGGCUCUCAGAAGAGCAGGGAGGGCCACAGGUGCCACACACAGCUCCAGUGCUUCACUCAGUGCCCUUCAAGCUCAUGCAGAACUCCCCCUCCCCCGCUGCCCCAUGGCACAGGGUGACUGCUGGGCAGCUCUCUCCAGGACCCAUGUUCCUGGAAACCAGCUGUAGCCCUGGCUGGGCACUGCUUCCCCUUUCUGGGGAACCAGGGUGGGGAUGUGCUGCCACCACACACUGGCCACUGCCACCCUGCUCCACCUCUGCCUGCUCCACCUCCAUCUCUCUGCCACCCUGCUCCACCUCGCCCUCCCUUGCCUUCAGGGCCUGGCACAGCUGAGGGGUAUCCCCCCCCUGGCUUCAUCCAGCAAGGGUGGCACUGACCCUGACCCGCUCGAGGGGUCUGAUGCCCAACGCUGGGUUUGAACUUCCUCUUUCCAGUCCCUCCUCUUGUUUGGCACAAAGCUGCGGUGCCACCAUGCUGCAGCUGCUUGUGCUGCCCAUGCAGCAUCCAAGCCGUGCCUGGGGUCCAUCGAGGCACAGAGCCUGUGUGCCAGCAGCUCCCAACCCCCCUCCUCUCCAGCCAAGGCCACGGAGUGCUCCACCACCUUGCUCUGGAUGUGCCACCCAGGGAGCCGGGAGCAGAGGCAGGGCCAAGCCCAUGGCAGCAGCCAGUUGUUACAGGAAAAGGGAGUGCCAGGAGAACCAGCUCCUGGUAUCGGGAAGCGUGGGCAGUCCCUGCUGCCCUCCUGGCAUUUGCCUUUCUUCCUAGAGCAGACCCUGGCAUGGCAACCAAGGGGUGAAAGGAGCAGGGGCAGAAGAAGUCACCAGCAGGGCAGGGGAGUUCCCAGCCCUGCAUGCCAGGGCUGUGCCACCAGAGUGCUCCAGGCAGGCCUAGGGGUAGCUGCCUUCUGGGCUGCCCCCCCUGCCCACUGCCCUCUUGCAGCUUGGGGGAGCAGCCCUGCAGCACUUUGGGGUCCCCAACAACCCUGCAACCACCCAGCCCUGCAGCCACCUCACUCCCAUGGCUUUUGGGGUGACACCAGCCCAACAGCAACACCACCCCCAUCACUGUAGGGGUGACAUCAGCCCUGCAGCCACCUCGCACCCAUCACUUUUGGGGUGACACCAGCCCUGCAGCCACCUCACUCCCAUGGCUUUUGGGGUGACAUCAGCCCUGCUGCCACCUCACACCCAUCACUUUUGGGGUGCCAUCAGCCCUGCUGCCACCUCACACCCAUCACUUUUGGGGUGCCAUCAGCCCUGCUGCCACCUCACACCCAUCACUUUUGGGGUGACAUCAGCCCUGCAGCCACCCCACAGCUCUCACUUUCGGGGUGGCACCAGCCCUGCAGCCACCCCACAGCUCUCACUUUCGGGGUGGCACCAGCUCUGCAGCCACCUCACCCCCAGCAGAGGGUCCGAGGUUUCUGGUCCCCUAGCUCAGGCUCUGACCCCCGAGGGUUCAGGACAGGGCCACGCUGGGGCUUAGGUCCUUAGUUACUGUUACUCCGGGGAGGGGGUGGCACAGGCCCCCCCACCCCAGCAUCCCCGCUCCGUGAGUGGGAGCAGGCUGAAGCCGCAGCAUCCCCGCGGGGAGCACUGCCGGCACCUGCGGGCGCGGGUGCCAGGGACUCUCCUCGUGUCGCGGGUGGGGCCACAGGGGACACUUUCACUUUCGGGGGGGUUCACGUGACUUCCAGGAAGCCAGGCGCUGGUGGCAGUGGUGGAUAAAAAGGCUCCAGCAGAGAGUGGCACUGCCAGGGCCAGCGCACCAUGGCCGCGCCGCCGAGCCAGGGAGAGGCUCAGAAGCUGCGCUUCGGACCCUGGCUGUUGGCUGCCAUCGACAGCCAGAAGUACCCAGGGCUGCGCUGGGUCGAUGCCAGCCGCAGCCGCUUCCGCGUCCCCUGGAAGCACAACGCCAGGAAGGAUGUCACCAGCAGCGACCUGGAGGUCUUCAAGGCCUGGGCAGUGGUGAGUGGGCACUACGAGGGCUGCCCCGAGGACCCUGCCAAGUGGAAGACCAACUUCCGCUGUGCCCUGCGGAGCACGGGCAUGUUCCAGAAGCUGGAGGACAACUCCAGGUGUGCUGACGACCCCCACAAGGUCUUUGCUGUCUCCUCAGCUGCCUCAGGGCAUGGCGAGGAGGGAGGUUUUACCAGCCCUGCCCCUGUGCUGGCCCAGCAGGCACAGCUGGACUGCCACCUCCGAGAUGGGACCCCAGAAACUGCCCCCCCCCCAGGCAGCGCUGACCCCCCACAGCCUGUGCUGCAGGAGAGGCUGGAGACCCUGCAGUGGGUAAUGCAGCACUGUGCCAUCUCCCCCCGUGACCCUGGAGCCCUGGAGCCACCCUGGGCAGGGGACAUUGCCCACCAGGACCUCUUGCUCCAGCCUGACCCAGACCCCAGCCAAAACAGCAACCUGGCCGAGUGGGUGCCCAUGGUGGAUCAACCCCUGCUGGGCGCCUAUGCACCCCUGGACCCCGUGCUGCUGAGGGAGGACCAAGUGCCAGGGGCCGUGCCACUGCCGUGCCACCCGCCAGAGGUCAUGGUCCCUGUGCCUCCCUCAGAGGGGACCAUCCUCUUUGUGCCCUCUGCUGACCCUGUGCCACCACCAGCACCAGAGGAUAAGACAGGUCCCAUCCUGGUCCUGGACAUCACCAUCUUCUACCGGGGGAGGGAGAUCCUGCGGGAGGAGGUGCGGGGCACGCAGUGCCUGCUGGCUUACCAGCUGCUGGACCCCGCGCUGGCACUGCGGCCCGGGCAGCGGGUCGUGUUCCCCAGCCCCGCCGAGCUGCCCGACCGCAAGCAGCGGCAGUUCACCGAGGAGCUGCUGCUGGCGGCCGGGCUGCAGCUGGAGCAGAGGGCGCAGCGCAUCUUCGCCACCCGCCUCAAGCGAUGCAAGGUCUUCUGGGCGCUGUCCCGGCAGCUGGAGGGGCGCCAGGAGCCGCCGCUCAACGUGCUGCAGCGCGACCAGGAGACACCCGUCUUCGACUUCAACCAGUUCCGCGCCGAGCUGAACGCCUUCUACAGCAGGCAGAGGAGGCAGUCCCCCGACUUCACCAUCUACUUCUGCUUUGGGCAGUGCUUCUCCAAGGACAAGAGCAAGGAGUCCAAGCUCAUCCUGGUCAAGCUGGUGCCCAAGCUCUGCCAGUACCUGUUCGAGAAGGUGCAGCAGGAAGGGGUCUCCUCCCUGGACAGCGACACCAUCAGCCUGCAGCUCUCCGACUCCUUCAGCCUCUACGAGCUCAUCGAGCACUGGCCCAUGCAGGUGGACUGACCCUCGCCAGCCCCUGGGGGUGGGUGCCUGUGGUGGGCACCUCUCCUCUCCUUCCCGUGCCAAGGGCAGCUUUGCUCCUGGAGCUUGCACUUUGCUUCCCCCUUCUAUCAGCUGCUAAAGUGGGUUUGGGGAUUGUGGUGGUUGACAAAUCUCUUUGCUUACCGUUUCUUGACUGUGAACAGAUGGAGAGCAAAGUGCUCCCUGCCAGCUGCUCCUGCCACCUGUGCCCCAGUGCCAGCCCAAGGCCUCUGCCCCACUCCCCUCCCCUAAGCCCCGGGGUCUGUGGGCAGGUCGUGCUGGCAGUGGGCUCAGAGUGGAGCAGUUCUCAGCACCUCCUCCCCUUGCCCUGUGUGUAAGUGAGGCAAUGUCCCACCCGUGGAGGGGGGAGGCCUUUACUGCCCCACUGCAAGGACUCUGGAAGGGAGCAAUGGUUUGGAAGUGGAGCAGGGCAGAGUUGGGUUGGAGCUGAGGAGGAAGCUGUGCAGAGUGAGGGUGGGCAGAGGCUGGCACAGGCUGCCCAGGGCUGUGCUUGAGGCCCCACUCCUGGAGCCAUUCAAGCUGAGCCUUGCUGUGAGUUGGCUCCAGGAGCUGCAGGUUGGCUCUGGAGACUGUGGGUUGCAUCUAGAGGCUGUGGGUUGGCUCUAGAGGCUAUGAGGUGGCUCUGGAGACUGUGGAUUGGCUCUGGAGGCUGUAGGUUGGCUCUUGAGGCUGCAGAUUUGCUCUAGAGACUGUGGAUUGGCUCUAGAGGCUUCAGGUUGUCUCUAGAGGCUAUGAGGUGGUUCUAGAGGCUGCAGGUUGGCUCUAGAGGCUGCAGGUUGGUUCUAGAGGCUAUGAGGUGAUUCUGGAGGCUGCAGGUUGGCUCUAGAGGCUAUGAGGUGGUUCCAGAGGCUGCAGGUUGGUUCUAGAGGCUAUGAGGUGGUUCUGGAGGCUGCAGUUUGGUUCUAGAGGCUAUGAGGUGGUUCUAGAGGCUGCAGGUUGGUUCUGGAGGCUAUGAGGUGGUUCUGGAGGCUGCAGGUUGGUUCUAGAGGCUAUGAGGUGGUUCUAGAGGCUGCAGGUUGGUUCUGGAGGCUAUGAGGUGGUUCUGGAGGCUGCAGGUUGGUUCUAGAGGCUAUGAGGUGGUUCUGGAGGCUGCAGGUUGGCUCUAGAGGCUAUGAGGUGGUUCUAGAGGCUGCAGGUUGGUUCUGGAGGCUAUGAGGUGGUUCUGGAGGCUGCAGGUUGGCUCUAGAGGCUGUAGCGUGGCUCUGGAGACUGUGGAUUGUCUCUAGAGGCUGCAGGUUGGCUCUAGAGGGUGAAGAUUGGCUCUAGAUGAUGUUGAGUUGAUCUAGAAGACAUUGGGUGGUUCUAGAAGCUUCUGGUUGGGUCUAGGAUCUAUAAGUUGUCCCUAGAAGCUGUUGGGUGGCUCUAGAAGUUGCCCUGAACACUAACAGUGAGCAGCAGCAAGAGACCUGCAGGCAGGCUGGGAAGGGGCUGUGGGCACAGGCUGAGGGCAAUGGUUUGGAAGUGGAGCAGGGCAGAGGUAGGUUGGAGCUGAGGAGGAAGCUGUGCAGAGUGAGGGUGGGCAGAGGCUGGCCCAGGCUGCCCAGGGCUGUGCUUGAGGCCCCAUCCCUGGAGCCAUUGAAGCUGAGCCUUGCUGUGUGCCUGUGCAGCCUGCUCUGGCUGGAGGGGUCCCUGCUGCCUGCAGGGGGUUGGGCAGGAUGCCCUUGGGGGGUCCCUUCCAAGCCAGUGCAAGCUGUGAUUUCUUUCCAGGCACUCAGGCAGCAGCCAUGAUUGUGCCCAGAGCAUGCUGAGCACAGCUUGGCUUUGCCUCAAGCAGAGGAAUUCUUUGCCUGGUGUCUCCCUGCUGGCCCAGCCUGGCUGGGGCACUUAGUGCCAUGGUCUGGUUGGUUGGGCAGGGCUGGGUGCUAGGUUGGGCUGGCUGAGCUUGGAGCUCUCUUCCAACCUGCUUGGUUCUGGGAUUUGAUGAUUCAUCUGCCCUGGCUCUGCUGGGGUGGAGUUGAUGUCCUGCCCAGUGGCUGUCAUGGGGCUGUGCCUGCCUUGCUGCUGGGCACUGUGCUGGCAUCUCAGGGAUCUCUGCCUUGGUUCUGAGCAGCUCACACAGAGCCAAGGCCUCUUCUGCUCCUCACCUGCCCAGCAGCAAGCAGGCUGGGGGGGGGGACACACACAAGAAGCUAGGAGGGCACACAGCUGGAACAGCUGAGCCCAGCUGCCCAGAGGGGCAUCGAGGCCAUGGGACACCCUGCUCAGCACAGGGGGCUGGGGGAAGAGGUGGCCAGGCUGGGCAGGGGUCAGUUGGUGCUCUUCACAUGCAGCUCUGGGUUUUCUUGGGUUUAGUUCUCUCUCUCUCUCUCUCUCUCUGUUGUUUUCAUUAAAGCCCAAGAAGAAUUCUG